GGAGGAGAAAAAAGAGAGGGCAGCUCCUCUGCCUCCCUUCAACGCAGCACAAACGUGCCAUUCAUCCUCCUGAGCUCGUCCCUCCUUCUCCUCGCUUUCACCAACUUCAGGCCAGUUCAGCGCAAACAUGCGGAGAAUGUGCAGCGUGCUGCUGUGCGCCUGCGCCUUGCUGCUGCUGCUCACUGGCGAUGCACAGGCGAGACCGACCUUCGCAUGUGGGGGGAAUGUGACUGGAGAUUCUGGAGUUAUCGGCAGCCAAGGCUAUCCGGGAGUGUACCCCCCAAACACCAAAUGUGUGUGGAGGAUUACGGUCCCAGAGGGUAAAGUGGUGGUCCUCACCUUUCGUUUCCUUGAUCUGGAAAGUGACAACCUGUGCCGUUACGACUAUGUGGAUGUUUACAGUGGCCAUGUCAAUAGUCAGCGCCUUGGACGUUUCUGUGGGACGUUUAGGCCGGGCGCCCUCGUCUCCACGGGAAACAAGAUGCUUGUUCAGAUGGUGUCUGAUGCCAACACAGCUGGUAGCGGCUUUCUGGCGGUCUUUUCGGCUGCUCAUCCUCAUGAGCGAGGGGAUCAGUAUUGCGGAGGGAGACUGAUGAAGCCAUCGGGAACUUUUAAAACCCCCAACUGGCCAGAGAAAGACUAUCCGGCAGGAGUCACGUGUUCUUGGCACAUCAUCGCGCCGAAGAACCAGAUUAUUGAGGUGAAAUUUGAGAAGUUUGAUGUUGAACGAGACAACUACUGCCGCUAUGACUACGUAGCCAUCUUUAACGGAGGAGAAAUCAAUGAUGCCAAGAGAAUUGGGAAAUUUUGUGGAGACACACCACCAGCGCCGGUGUUCUCCGAGGGCAAUCAGCUUCUUAUCCAGUUCCUCUCAGACUUGAGCCUAACAGCAGACGGCUUUAUCGGGCACUACAAAUUUAGGCCCAAGAAGUUUCCCACAACUACCAUGCCCCCAGCUACCACCACUCAGCCUACCACCACCAGACCAAUCCCUUUGAAGUAUUCCGCAGCGCUGUGUCAACAGAAAUGCAAGAGAAAAGGAACCCCUGAGAGCCAUUACUGUUCCAGCAACUUUGUUAUCACAGGAACAGUCAUCACUGCUGUGAUGCGUGGGGGAAGCAUGUAUGCUACCAUUUCCAUAAUCAACGUCUACAAAGAGGGCAGUCUGGCAAUUCAGCAGGCUGGCAAAACCAUGAGCACCAAGAUUGUAAUCCUGUGCAAGAAAUGCCCUUCGGUCAGGCGAGGCUUGAACUACAUCUUCAUGGGCCAGACAGAUGAGGAGGGCCGUGGGAUGAUCGCCCCGCACCAUUUUGUCAUGGCCUUCAAGGCCAAGAACCAGAGAGCCUUCAAUGUACUGAAGACCAAGAGGUGCUGAGCUCCGAUUUCUUAUGGGCCUCAUCCUGAAACUCGCAAGCUUACACUUUGCUUCAUGAAGUUGCAAUCAAGAAUUCUCCACCAUUGCGAGUGGUUUCCUCCAUAAGUUUUUAAUCCGGACCAGUCAGCAUCAGGGGGGUUAACGAUGAUGAGAAGGAAUGGAUGAUGGGAGAAAAAAUCAAGAAUGUGUAUGCUAGAAAAGGAAGAAUAACAGUGGUGGGUAAUCCAGUCAUUUCUGACCACAGUCAAUGUCCACAUUCCCAAACUUUUGCAAACUACUUGAGGGGCACACUGGGCCAGAUCUAAAAUCCAGAGCACAAGGACCUCAUGUUCUCCCACAAACACCUGUGUUGGCCUGGUGUGCCAUAUCUAUGCAUGUCUUUUGGGAGUAUCUAGAACAUACACCCCAUUUACAUUGUUCUACAGUGUUCUCCUCCAUUCCUAUUAUUCUAGAACCCCCCCCUUCACAAUGUUGGAGAAUGUUCUUAACUUUUGACAUUGUUCUAGAAUGUCCUUCUACUUUCAUGUUGUUCUAGAAUGUUCAUCUCAUCACGUUCUAGAACAGUGGUCACCAACCCUGCUCCUGGAGAUCUGCCUUCUCGCAGAGUUUAGGAGUUUAGUUCCUACCACACCACCUCUAACUUCUUCAAAAGUUUUGGCUGGAUUGGGGGCAGCAUGUUGGAUGCAGGUCGGAACUAAACUGUGCUGGAAAUUUAAACUCCAGAAGAAGGAUUGGUGACCGCUGUUGUAAAACAUCCCCCUCAAUUAGAGAUGUCAUGGAAUUUCCUUCUCAAAUUAACACUGUUCUCCUCUAUUCAAGGUACAGUCUUGUCCUUCAUUGAUGAUGUUCUAGAACAUUUUCCUCCAUUCACGUUGCUCCAGAAUGCUCUCCACUCAUUGACAUGGUUCUAGAAUCUUCUCCCUCAAUCACACUGAUACAUUUAGCUCUUAUUUUGGAACCGUAUAACCAACUGCUCUUGCAGCAUUGCUGUUUGUAGGGGGAAUGUUUGGUCAGUGUGCCACGGCCUUAAGCAUAACAAAGUGAAAGUUCUGGAAUUUCUGGAUGGUGGCAAGAGGCUACACGUCUUCUCUCUCUUUCUCUUUCACCAAGACCACACCCUAAGCCCCCAUCCAUGGAUGUGUGGUUUUAAAAAAACCCACCUUGCAUGUUUCAGCUCUACCCAUUGGGAAAAAAACUGAUAAAGCACAAUUGACCAAGAUUGGCUCUAUGUGGACGUCACGCUCCAUCUCUCUCUUUUGAGAAUGUUUUAGAAAAAUGACCAGCAACAGAAUGGUGUCUGGUAAGAGAAUUGAUGGAUUAUCCUGCUGGUUUAUUCCAUUAUGAAGAUUAGACAAUCCAAUCUUAAGGCUAAAACAUCAGCAUCCAACAACUUUGUGGGCCCAGAAACAUAAUGCAAGUUUCUAUGUGACACAGAACAGUGUUUUUGAACUUUUCCUCAAUUUUACUGCUUUCCCUCCUUUAACAUACCCAUGCCACCCAUUAAGGGGCUGUUAAUGACCUGAUAAGUUGGAUCAGGCAUGUUGGGCACAGGGAAGACCCUAAAAUGUCCAGAGCAGUGAGGCUUGAGGCCCAGGUUUGGGACACACUGUUGUAGAACAUAGGACUUUUUUUCCUGGGACUGCAAAAUCCUUGCAUGCAAAUGGUGUAGUCAAGAUACUAGGUUACAAGAGAUUAGGUAGAUAAUAGGUAAUGGGUGGAAAUUGCAAAGCAUUGAUAACAUUCAAGAUGUUGGUGUUGCUUUUUGAAAAUUACACUGUUUACAGAAGAAUCUUCAUUUCAUUUCUUCAAGAUGGAUGUACAAAAUCUGAGGAGCAUCUUAUGUGGUGAUUUUAAGUGCAAUAAUUCAGUGGCAUCAUUUUGAAUUGGUUUGGUAUCAUGCUGGACUUUUCAUCACUUUUCAUUUUUAAUGCAAGAAAUGCACUCCCAAGGUUUUUUUUUUCUUUUCAAGAGUUAAUAUGAAUGCUUACAUUGAGUUGAGAUGUUUAUGAAAUGAUAUAUCCUGAAAUUAGCAUUUUAAAGUAUUUUAUAUGAAACUGAUUCUUGAUGGUGAAUGUUAAUUUAUAAAUAAUUGUUUUGUGAGAGAUAAAAUAAAAUUCAUGAUCUA